AUGCCUUCCUAUCAGAGCUGGGGCGCAGCCGCCCAUCACUCGAGACUCCCUCCGACGCCUCCAGAGUACCAGACUGCCUAUCUCACACCACUGAGUGCAGUUUCCGACCAAAGCUUCUACCCGUCACAAGGCUAUCAAUCUCGCCGAUCCCGCGACUACGAGAGAUAUCAAGUCCAACCACCAGCCUACAAUGCUCAACCGUCUUUGACGGCACCGGUGUCUCGCCAUGCGCAUGCUCAUCCUUCUCAAGACUACACUUUCUCUCAGCCAUAUCACGUACAGGGUUCGACAUAUUGGCCGUCAAACGCAGUUGGCGCCCCCAUCCUCCCUCCCAUUCGUGUCACCGAGCCUCUCGACCACUUUGCAACACGUUAUGGCACUCAACAUACUGAGGCAAAACCCAAGGAGGACAAGCCGACUGGAGGUGUAGCUCAACACUUGGAUUAUGAUAUGGAUCUUAUGUCCAGCUUCGUGGCUGAGAUGUCCCAGAAACUCGUAACACCCGAGUUAGCUCCAACUUCCCAGUUCCGGAAAUACGUGUCCCAGAUCCUUUCAUCUACACGCUUACCAAGCUCCACCAUCAUGCUCGGACUCUUCUAUCUGCAAUCACGCAUGAAGCAAGUAAAGGAACGCGGAUCGUCAACAUCAUCCUCCGGCGCCGUCUAUCGUAUGCUCACGACAUGUCUACUUCUGGGUAGCAAAUUUCUAGAUGACAACACUUUUCAGAAUCGAUCCUGGGCCGAAGUAAGCAGCAUUCCCGUGCAUGAGUUGAACAUGAUGGAACUUCAAUGGUUGACCGAUUUCAACUGGGAGAUCCAUGGCAUGAUGUACGAUGAAGACGAAGGGUUCUUUAUGUGGGUUGAACACUGGCAUGCAUACGAGGAAAAGGCGCAACUUGCCAAAGUCAAGGAAAUGCAGAAGUUGGCUCCCAUUGAAACAAAUCUUCAUCGCCACCACAGCAUCCAGCAUCAGCCUCUCAUGUCCCCAGAGGGACCCAUCCCUCCUCAGUAUCAACAAGGCGCACAAUACGACACCCGCUGGGUCAGACCAUACAUGUCAGAAUACUCACCACCAUCAGCGCCCCACAGCGGUCCUUCUACACCAGACUAUUACACGGCUUCCUGGUCGUUUACAGCCAACGCCCCCCCUGCAUAUGGUCGCCAAUCUUACCACAACGACAAUGGGUCUGCAUAUUCGGCUCAACGCAACCAGUUGCCGACAUAUGCUCAGGCAUUUGGCUAUGCCUCUGGUAUGACGCCCACCUGGAUGUCUCAUGGCCCCAACUGUGGCUGCAGCCUCCAUGCCAAACACUCGGACUAUUAUUUCAGUCACACCGGAUACACCAUGCAACCUGUGGUCGGUUAA